AUGAAUAAUUAUAUUUUUCAAAUCAUUAUUUUUGUAUUUGUGAAUUGUGUACGAAUUUUUGAAAGUACACCACUCGAUAACAUUACGACUACAUCAACAUUGGAUUUUGGUACUUCAUCGAUUAUAAUAAAUACAGAAUUACCUUCAUCUUCUAUGUUAAGUUCAGAUUCUUCUGUAACGAUUUCAUCUUCAUUCUCUUAUUCAACUUCUACCGUCCCGGACACACCGCAAUCGACAGUUUCUCGUGGAACAGACGAUACCACUAUCAUCUCAUCAACAGCAAUGAUUUCUUCGACAGAAAUAACUUCAAUAGCUACAAAUACAUCGGUAGAACAAUUUUCUUCAUCAGCUACAUCAAAUAGUUCUGCUUAUAUUACGUCUAAACCAGUGACUUCUUCAAUAAAUAUAAUGGUUAGUUUAAUUUACAAAUACGUUGUGGAAAGUUUAUCUUCUCUAACGAUGGGAAACAUUUAUGAUACUACAGUUUUAAUAAGUGUGCAAAAAAUGGUAAAUUCUUCAUUCAAUCUAACAAACUUUGAUAUUACAGUCACUAGUAUUGAAAUUACAUCUAAAGCAAAAGUUGAUAAUAACGAAUAUGAUAUGAUCACUAAUAUUUUAUUCAAGAGUAGUCGUACUGAUUGUAAUGUAACUUGCAUCAAACAAUCUGCAUCAUCAUCCACACCCACACAAAAUUUUACACUUUUAAGUGCGAAUGGUUCCUUAGUAAAUGUAGCACCUAAAUCAAGUCCAACACUAGUUGAUAAUACGCCAAGUAUAACAACAACAACAGCAAAAAAUUAUCGAAAAGGUGAGUCACCACCUGGUGUUGCAGCACAAUUAGGUAUGGGCUUUGGUAUAACAAUAAUUGGCAUUUUACUUAUCGGUGAAAUAAUAUAUUUCUAUCGAAAAUAUGGAUUGAAUGGACCAAUGCAUCAUUCAAAUUAUGCGUUACCUCCUUUUCAUAGUCGACUAUCAAUUUAA